UUUUAUUUUAAAUGUCAGUGAAUAUAAAAAAUCAAAAAUAAUAAUAAUUAAAGUGUAACAAAACGAUAGUUUUUUUACGUUUGGAUCUUGUAUCUGUGAAAGGAAAAUAUGGUCACAUUAAGGUUUAACUUAGGUAUGAAAAGGCUGAGUUUCUUCGGAGAUGGGAGUAAAAUAAAUCAAAUAAUAUGUGCUGUUUUGAUUUGUCUGCCCAUUUUCACCUACGGAACGUGUAUAGGAUGGAUGUCGCCAAUGACCUUACUGCUGCAGUCAAAUGAAUCGCCUAAAGGAGUACCUCUUACUGAUGGAGAGAUAUCCUGGAUGGCAUCACUACCGUAUCUAUCAUGUGUGCCAGCUACUUACCUCAUGGCGUAUUUGGGAGACAGACUGGGUAGGAAAACCACGCUGCUAUUCAUGUCUCUGGCUGGGGCAGCAAUAUGGCUGCUCAAGCUAUGUUCCAUGAACAUCUGGGUGUUCAUAAUAGCUCGGACCCUGGUUGGAAUCAUCAUGGCCGGGUCGUGUGUCACCUGUCCUACUUACAUAAAGGAGAUUAGUGAGGACAGUAUACGAGGCGCUUUGGGAUGCUGGGGAGCACUUUUUGCAGGCACAGGCAGUCUAUUCGCCUACAUCAUUGGCGACCUUUUAAAUUACACUACCAUUUUAUGGGUGUUCUUAGCAAUACCUGUCGUACAUUUUGUGGUCUUCCUUGCGAUGCCGGAGUCACCCUCGUACCUUGUGAAGAAAGGAAAAGUUGAGGAAGCAGCAUCUGCACUAGCUUGGCUCAGAUGCCGAAAUUCUAUGGACACGGUGAUACAUGAAGAACUAGAGGUUAUAACGAAAGAACAAAGAAAGGACGAAGAGAACAAACAAUUCAUGUUGAAAAGCAUACUAACAGACAAAAUCCUCUCCAAGGCGUUCCAAAUAGCCCUGGUCGCGGCUCUCUCCAGAGAAGUCUGUGGUGCGGUACCAGUCCUGAACUUCGCUGGUGACAUCUUCAACCUGGCAUCUAAAGAAGACACGGGUCUGGUACUAAGCCCUAACCAGCAAGCUAUGAUGUUGGGGGUCGUACAGCUGAGUGGGUCGCUGCUAGCGUCGAGUGUCGUGGAGAGGUGUGGGAGAAAGAAACUCAUGAUCAUCACCUGUCUCGCAUCUGGCCUGAGCAUGUGCCUGCUCGCCACGUGGUUCCUCAUCACCGACCUGAACAUCACCACCUCAGCCUGGAUCCCUGUCAUCACCCUGUGUUUGUGCAUCUUCUGUGAUGCGGCUGGUCUUAUGCCUAUAUCUGUGGUGAUCACGGGUGAAAUAUUCUCUUAUAAGUACCGUGGGUCAGUGUUAGCAACAACCAUGGCGAUCGCUUCCAUAGCUGACUUCUUCCAAUUACUCUUCUUCAAGCCGCUAGCAAAAUCAAUAGGAGUCUACGCAGCAUUUUACUUCUUUGGCACUAUGUGUCUUUUAACAGCAUUGUAUGUUAUAUUUAGCGUUCCUGAAACAAGAAACAGAAGUCUAGAAGAGAUUUAUAAUGAUUUACGACCAAAGAAAGAAAGGACAGUAGGAAAGAAAGAUGUAGAAUAAUUCUGUAUAUUUAAGUAAUAUUAUUGAAACAGUUUAAGUUUUUUGAAUGUGAUAUAACACAUACAUAGUAAAAAAUGACAUUGUGACUGUUUAAAGAAUGUUCCUAUAUAGUAAUUAGCAUAAGUACCUAUUUGAAUAUUGUGUAUUUACUAAUUUGAGGCUACAAUUUAUUAUGCAAUAUUUUAAAUGCUAAUAAUUAUUAUUUAUGAUGCUAUCUGAAUAAUUAAUAAUAUCAAUCAAGUCAGUGUUUUAGGGUUUAAAAAUAUAAAUUUUUAACGUGUAAAUCCCUAAUAUUUUAAGAAAUGACAUUGGAAGUUGCAUUAAAAUCGAUGCAGCUCUUAGAUUAAUUAAAAAAAUCAUACAUUUAUUUAAAAUUCAAGAUGUUACCAACAGACACAUUUUUUUAUUUUAUCAAAAUAGAUAUGAAAAAUAGGCCAUAUAGUAUUAAUAAACAUUGAAUAAUUUGACGUAAUUUCCUUAAAAAAGUAAUUAAAAUGUAUCAAUAUGUUUGCAAUAAAAAGAGGCUUUUAAUUAAUUUUCAUUACAAUGACUGAUAACAAAAAUUAUUUUAAUAAAAUAAAAUAUAAUUAAAAAAAAAUGUGUAAACCGUGACCACUCUGAAGUCAAUCUUAAAUCACAAUCAGUCUAUCCUUCUCUAACUCAUUGUAUAUUGUAUUUGCAUCUCAACUUGUAGCACACUUCAGAGUGGUCAUUUGUUUGACGAGGAUUGUAUUAUCAGUCCUAUAUUAUUAUUUAUAAUAUCUAUGUAUUUUUAUAUUUUCUGAUUUAAAUAAGUAGAUUAUAAUAUAAUUGUG